CCGCUUCUAUUCACCAGCGGCGAAGGACAAAGAACGAAGGGAAGAGGAAAGUCCAAGAGAAAAUUCCGUUAGGACCAAUCAACGUAGACACGUCGCAGUCCCGGCGAACUAUCAGAAAGUUGAGAGAGUUUCGCGCGAACUCCUGGCUCCGCGGAAGCAAAGGCGAAGAAAAUGGAGAGUGGGGAAGGAAGCAGGGGAGGAAACGUGAUUAAAGUUCGUCGCGAUCGCGUGAUGGCGCUCGCGUGACGAUGCCCGCCUGUUGGACAACGCCAAUCGAUGUACAUACUACUACAUAUUUUAAUGUCGAUAUCGGAUCUGUCGGUGCUUAUCAGUCUCGCGAUGGACUUGCUUGCUCUGAUUUCAUAGCCAGAGACAGUGAGUUGUUGGACUCUUGAUCGGGAACCAUGUUGCGGAUGUUGGUGUUGCUCUUCGUGGCGCAGCAGGCGCUCUGUUUCGGACCUAGGAUUAUAGGCGGAGACAACGCGUCCAUCAACGACUAUCCGUAUCAGGUGUCUAUUCACGAUCGGAGGCAGCUGUUAUGCGGUGGCUCUUUAAUCAGCCAAAACUGGGUGUUAACCGCGGCACACUGUGUGUCAGGACUUCCUCCCUCGCAACUUAAAAUUCGUCUGGGUAGCUCUUAUAACAGCAAAGAAGGCAUAAUGAUCACUGAGAAACUUCAGGUGAUUCUGCAUUCGAAUUACAACGAGAAUACCAAGGAUUACGAUGCCGCUUUGAUAAAAUUACCGCAGAGCGUGACGACGAACGCGAACGUAAAACCGAUCGCCUUGGCAUCUUCCGCGAACACGAUACAAGGCGGAACAAAAGCAGUGGUGACAGGAUGGGGCUACGUGGCGCCAGGCGGUCCGAUAUCCGACAGGCUGAAGUCUUUAACGUUGCCGGUCGUCGAUCAGGCGACGUGCAAGAAAAUUUAUGGCAAUCUGCUGACCGACAACAUGUUAUGCGCGGGCAUUAUGAGUGGAGGCAAAGACGCUUGUAGCAUCGACUCUGGAGGACCAUUAGUAUACAACAAGGUUCAAAUUGGCAUCGUGUCUUGGGGCUGGUAUGGCAGUUGCGCGAAACCUCAAUAUCCCGGAGUAUACACGCGAGUGUCUGCUAUACGACAAUGGAUAAAGGAUAAAGCGCAAGUGUGAAAUUAAUGUCCCUCGGCGUCCACUAUAUUAGGAAGAGAUUUAUAUUCCUUUGCAAUCGCGGGGAGAGCGUGUUAUAUUGCCUGAAACGGGGAAACUAGCGCGAAACUUUCUCUCACAUCUUUCCACUGGACACGAAUGUACGAAUAAUCUUUCUUUUCGUGUAACAAUCUUGUAAAUCUUAAAUCUACAAAUAUGGCAUUAGCAAAUUGUAGCUUCAGAAGAAGAGCAGUGAUUCUCGUCGAUCGCUCUGAAACUGGACGUAUCAGUUGUAAUAUUCCAUCAUUUGCAUCGUCAAUUCACUUUGCGAUUCAAUGAAAUGGAAUAUCUAUUUUAUAAUUAUUACAUCAAAUUUGUAAUUUAA